CAUGCAACUUUAUUCAAAUGUCUUUUUCAUUGUAAUGACUUCCAUGAUGGUCAUGAAAUGUAAACUUUCAGAAUCUCCUUGGCACCCAGAAUUUUUUCUAACUCACACCUACCAUCCCUCCCACGAUGCACACGGCAGAGGUUCCUCCCUCUCUGGGGUGUGUGCAGAACCCAGGGACUCGAUUGGAUUUUCACAGCCCUUAUGAGGUUGAGGAUCUAGUGAAGCAGUGAGUACAAUGGAAGGGAGCUGGGUGGGUCUCAUGCAAUCAUCUGAGCUCCUUAUAAAGAAGCAGGGCUUUACUGAGACCACAGAGAUCUCCAGUCAGAAAGAGACUGCCUGCGAGGGAGAUUCCUGGCUGCUGCUGUGUAGACCAAGGAAACCCAGGACCCUCCGGGAAGACUAAGCAGCGUGGCCUCCGACCCACAGACCUGAGAGCUGGUAAGUGUGGGGCUGGGUUGGCAGGGGUUAAGUGUGUGGGAGAGUCAUGCGCAUGGAUCUCAACUCACAGCCUCUCUGAAUCCUGUCCACAGCACCACUGCCCUUGUUUUCUGACGCCAGUACUGCCUGCAGCAGGCCAGGCUCAGCCUCAGAGAGGAGAGAGCACAAGGCCCCACAACAUGGCACGCACCAAGCAGACCGCCCGCAAAGCCACCGCCUGGCAGGCCCCCAGGAAGCCCCUGGCCACCAAAGCCGCCAGAAAAAGGGCGUCGCCUACAGGAGGGAUCAAGAAGCCUCACCGCUACAAGCCUGGCACCCUGGCGCUGCGGGAAAUCAGAAAGUACCAGAAGUCCACGCAGCUGCUCCUGCGCAAGCUGCCCUUCCAGCGCCUGGUGCGCGAGAUCGCCCAGGCCAUCAGCCUGGACCUGCGCUUCCAGAGCGCGGCCAUUGGCGCCCUGCAGGAGGCCAGCGAGGCCUACCUGGUGCAGCUCUUUGAAGACACCAACCUGUGUGCCAUCCAUGCCAGGCGCGUCACAAUUAUGCCCCAAGACAUGCAGCUGGCCCGCCGCCUCCGUGGAGAGGGUGCCAGAGAGCCCACGCUCCUGGGAAACCUUGCACUCUAGAGGACUUCUUUUCUGUUUGCUUGUGUUUUCUUUUUUCUCUUCCCCCGUAACUGGUAGUUCUGAUGUGAGAAGUUUUGUUCUGUUUUGGUUUCUUUUCCCUCCGGGGGUCCAAAGGUAGCUAAGCAUAAGAUUGCCAGUGGAAACGCAGGCAGAAAUCAGGUGGCGGUUGUGUUUGUGUGUGCUUGUUAGUAAACGUCUCAUCUACUUUGAGGCUCCCAAGGCACUAGUGUCAAGUGGAAAUGUCUCUGUGAGCGAGUUUCAGUUCAACUCUAUAAAAUUAAAAAGAAAUCUUAUUUUUUUUUCUUUACUAUGUCUGCAUACGGGUUCUGUAAACAAAAUAAAUUUCUUAUUAAUUUGAGCUAAAAGAUGUUUAUUGCAUUUUAUGAAACAAUAGAUUCCAGGUAUACUUGGAGGUUUUAUGUAUGCAACUCUGUGUUUUCAAUGUUCCCUGUCUCCUGUGAUGUUUCCGCUAGUUUGCUAUGAAAAUACAUUAAACUUCAUUUUCUACAAUUUAAAUAGACUCUCUAUUUACAAGUCAAUGCACACUAUGAAAGGCAGUGUGGGUAAAAUCCAGUGUGGUAAAUCUGUGUGUUGAAGGGAGUCAGAGGCACCCAUUGGGCGUCUGAUGCAGUCCAUCCCUGGUGGUCUAAAUUCCGGAAUGUGGUCAAUGUCAUGGCUGGAAUGGUCAAGGCCUUGGACACAAAGGUUGUAGAAGAGGCUCUGGACACGUGUGAGAUUUGAAAAAGAGAUGCCCCUGAGAAAGCCUGCCUGCACAUUCAAGUUUAAGAGCCACAUUUUUAUCAAGUACCAAAAAAUUAUGUGAUUUCCAGCCCAAGACUAGAAAAGUAAUCCUGUUCCUGAGGGAAUAAGUACCGGCUCCAUCUUCCCAUGACAGAAGACUGUGUGCUGAAGCUUCCAUAGCUCAGUCUACCCUGGACUUACCCUCAAUUUUAACAUCUUCCUCAAACUCUGACAUGGUCUCACCUAAAUCAUGGAAGCAGCCUUUUUCAUAAUCACUUUGACUAAAUAUUUCUCUCUCCUUGAGUGAAUUGAAUCAUUUCUCUACAUCUUCCUAGUUAGAAGGAGAAAAGUGCAUGGUCCCUGAGCACCUUUUGAACAGACAGCUUCUUUGAGACAGAAACAUCUCCCAAGAGACUGCGAUGGUUUCACACUGAAGCCUGAGGUUGCUCUGCCUUAGGAUUAUUUCUGGGUUUUCUUUUCUUCUCAUAAUCAGUUACUUGUUCAUAUUUUCUGUCGGAUUUUCUGUUGGAUAAUCAGUUACUAGUUCAUAUUUUCUGUUAGAAAGGGCUUACUGAUGAGAUUAUGGCUUUCUCAUAAAAAAUACUACUUUGGUGAAAGUAUAUUAAAAUGAACAAUACUUGAAUUUCCAGUACUCACAAUAGUUGAAUAUGGCACGGUAGGUGAAAGUGAGAAGUAGAAUUUGACAAACACCAUUUUACCAAACAUUAGUAUGUUCCCUUGAAUAUGUGACUAAGAAAAACUAAGU